ACCUGGAGAGAUGGCCGAAGUGGCCCCGGCAUGGGCUGAAGAGGUGGGCGGGGCCUCUUCCAUGUCCAGUGGUGGCCCCGCCCCCUUUGCCCUGGCCUGGCCUGGGGGCCCCUGGCCACGCCCCCUCCUUGAGCCAGAGAGAGAGAGAGAGAGAGAGAGGAGGGUCUUUGGGAGCCGGACGGCGAGGGGGACGCAGCCCUGAAGAAGAGAAGAAGGGAAGGAAGAAGGAAGGAAGGAAGGAAGGAAGGAAGGAAGGAAGGAAGGAAGGGAGAAGAAGCCCUUCUCUGGACUGAGGAGGGGGCCAGGAGAUGCCCCUGAAGCCCCCCGGGUAAAUGGAGCUCCCCGGAAGGACCCUCGGCUUCUCCCUCUGCCUCUUGGCCUUCCUUCUGCCAGGAUCGUCCUGCUUCAGCGACCUCUUCUUCUCCCGGGAGCCUCAGGACACAACGGUGCUGUCCCGGCGGGAGGGAGUGCUGCUGGAGUGCCAGGCCAGGGGCGAGCCCCCCAUCUCGGUCUCCUGGCUGCGCAAUGGAGCCAAGGUGCUGCCCAGCGAGAGGCUACGCCCGCUGCCCAAUGGCUCGCUCCUGGUGACCGAGGCCCACGAGGGCGCCUACCAGUGCCUGGCCCUCAACCAGCACGGCGCCAUCCUCAGCCGCAAGGCCCUGCUCACCCUGGCCACCAUGCCGGCCUUUGAGCUGCAGCCGCUUCCGGCCACCGUUCCCGAGGGCGGUGUGGCCCGCUUUGCCUGCAAGGUCUCCUCCGUCCCUCCGGCCGUCAUCACCUGGGAGCACAACCGCACCGCACUCCCCAUCGCCCUGGACAGGAUUACGGCCUUGCCCUCUGGAGUCCUGCAAAUCUACGGCGUCCGGCAACAGGAUGCGGGGAGCUACCGCUGUGUGGCCACGGCCCCCGCCAACCGCAGGAAGAGCGCCGAGGCCACGCUCAUUGUCCUCCCAGCCUCCAACACCAAGCUCCUCCACAAGCCUUCCAUCAUCGCCGGUCCAGAGAACGUAACGGCAGCUCUCCACCAGACAGUCAUCUUUGAGUGUGUGGCCACCGGGAACCCAAAGCCCAUCAUUUCCUGGAGCCGCUUGGACCACAAGCCCAUCGACGUCUUCAACACACGUGUCCUGGGGAAUGGGAACCUCAUGAUCUCCGAUGUGAAGGCGCCCCACGCCGGGAUCUACAUCUGCCGCGCCACCACACCCGGCACACGCAACUUCACCACCGCCGCCGCCGCCCUGACCGUCCUGGCACCACCUUCGUUUGUGGAGUGGCCAGAGAGCUUGACCAGACCGCGUGCUGGCACCGCCCGCUUCGGCUGCCAGGCGGAAGGCAUCCCGGCCCCGAAGGUCUCCUGGCUAAAGAACGGGCGCAAGGUCCACUCCAACGGCCGGAUCAAGAUGUACAACAGCAAACUGGUGAUCAACCAGAUCAUCCCGGAGGACGACGCCAUCUACCAGUGUCUGGCCGAGAACAGCCAGGGCUCUGUCCUUGCUCGGGCCAGGCUGACCGUGGUCCUGUCCGAAGACCGGCCCAGCGCCCCCUGCAACGUCCAUGCUGAGACCGUCUCCAGCUCCGCCAUCUUGCUGGCCUGGGAGCGGCCACAGUACAACGCGGACAAGGUCAUCGCCUACUCCGUCCACUACAUGAAGGCCGAAGGCCUGAACAACGAGGAAUACCAGGUGGUGAUUGGGAACGACACCACGCACUUCCUCCUGGACGACCUGGAGCCGGCCAGCAACUACUCCUUCUACAUCGUGGCCUACAUGCCUCUCGGGGCCAGCCAGAUGUCCGACCACGUCACCCAGCGCACCCUCGAGGACGUUCCCUUGAGGGCCCCUGAGCUGAGCCUGACCAGCCGCAGUCCCUGGGACAUCCUGGUCUCCUGGGCGCCCCUCCCGGCCAGGUUGCGCCGGGGAGAGGUGGUGUCCUUCCGCCUCUCCUUCCGCCUGGCCCCUUCUUCCUCUUCCUCUUCCUCGGAGGCCGGGGAAGCGCAGACGCUGGAGCUGCCCGGGGGGGCCCAGGAGCACCUGCUGGAGGGCCUGCGCCCGGACACCCUCUACCUGGUGCGCAUUGCGGCCGCCACACGUGUGGGCUGGGGAGAGGCCUCCCUCUGGACCUCCCACCGCACGCCCAGGGCCUCCGACCACACAGUCCCCAAGUCCCCAGAACUGCUCUUGCAGCCCCUCAACUGCACCACCAUCUGGGCCCAGUGGCAGCGAGAGGAAGAGGAAGAGGAAGGCCAGGAGAGCCCCGCCAUCCAGGGAUACAAGCUCUUCUACAAGGAGGAAGGGCAGCAGGAGAGCGGACCACUCCUCAUGGAGGCCUCGCGCCGGGAACACACCAUCAGCGGACUGGGUCCCCGCAGGAAGUACCACGUCCGACUGCUGGCCUUCAAUGGGGCGGAGGAGGGAUACCAAGCUGACCAGACCGUCAGCACACCAGGAUGUGUCUCCGUCCGUGACCGCCUGGAGCCACCCCCUCCGCCGCCGCUGCGCCUCUCUGCCCGGGCCAACUCCUCCUCGGCCGUGCUGCUGCGCUGGGGCCGCCCCGCCUUCUCCUCCUCCUCCUCCUCUUCCUCCUCCUCCUCUUCAACCCUCAACUACACCCUGCGCUGCCACCCGGUCGGCCUCCAGAACGCCUCCCUCGUCCGCUACCUCCAGACGUCAGAAACCCAGAUCCUGGUCCAGGGCUUGGAGCCCAGCACCAAGUACGAGUUCGCCGUCCGGCUGCAUCUCGACCAGCUCGCCAGCCCUUGGAGCCCCGUCGUGUAUCACUCCACGCUGCCGGAAGCCCCCUCGGGCCCCCCGCUGGGUGUGAAGGUGACCCUGAUCGAGGAGGACACGGCCCUGGUGUCCUGGAAGCCCCCCGUCGGGAUCGGGGCCACCGUCUUGCGCUACACCAUCCUCUACGCCUCGCGCAAGGCCUGGGCAGUCGGCCAGUGGCAAGUCUUGCACCGGGAAGGGACCAUCACCAUGGCUCUGCUGGAGAACCUCCUGGCCGGGAACGUCUACCUGGUCAAGAUCGCGGCUUCCAACGAAGUGGGAGAGGGACCCUUCUCCAGUGCCGUAGAGCUAGCUGUCCAGCCAAAGGGAGACCCUGAGCCCAACCAGAGGCCCAAGCGUCUCGACGCGGGCGAUGCAGGAAACACAGCUGACUCCGGCUCCUACCAGCUGGACCAGAGGUCCAUGACGGGCAUUGUGGCUGGUGUCUCCAUUGCCUUGGCCUGCAUUUGCGCCUGUGUCCUCAUCCUCAUCUACCGCGGAAAGGCCAGGAAAACGUCUGCUCCCAAAAGCGCUCCCGAGACCUCUGACGGCCUCUCAUCCUUGUCUGGGACGUCUCCUUCCAUCGGCGCCCAUGAAGCGAGGAAAGGCGCCCAAGACCCAGCCGAGAACAUGGAGUCCCUGCUGCCCAGGACAACGGGGAGCACCUUCCUCGACGCCAAAGGAGGGACGGAUCUGAUCAUCAACAGCUUUGGCCCCGUCACAAAGAGCAGCUCAAGGAAGAAGUGGCUCCUUUUCCCCGAUUCGAAGGAAGCCAAGGCUGGGCAGACCCAAAGGUCGGCCAACGCUGUGUGUCUGUUCCAGCCGAACAGAGUCCUUGCAUCCGAAGACGUCUCAACGGCGCCGCCUCAGAAGGACCAGCGAGGAGACACGUUUGCCGUCGCCGCCGACACAGAGCACUCGGCCCACAGUGAAACGGGCGACUCCGGAAGGUUCUCCCAGGAGUCCAGCGAAGACCUGCGCCUCUCCAUCGUCAUCCCUGAAGCGGAAAUGCUCGGCAACCUCUACGCGACGCCCAAAGAACCCCCUGAUCCCCUCCGCCCUCCAGACCAACUGACCAUGUGACCCACUGACCGCCCGCCUACCCGCCCGCCGUUUUUGCUGUUCAGAGGACAAUGAACAGGGAGCCAAAGCUUUAUGACGUGGGAGCCCUGGGAGGGCGGCAGGUGACUCCCGCCACGGUUUGUUUUAGUCUGUCUUUUGCGUGCGGAAAACCCGCUCGCGUUGAAUGUUCCACAAUGUGAAGGGAGGGAGAGGGGACAGGUUUCGGAGUCUAGCCGAAAAGAGAGAAGGGUUUUUUAAAUAGUAUAUUAUAUGGAUAUGUGUCUGUCGGUGCCGUUAUCACUGGAGCGAAGGGCGCGGGGCCCUUGGCUUGGAUAUUAUCUACCUCAGUCCGCCGAGCCGCGGGUGCGGAGCGCAAUGGCGCAACCUCCGUUCACCCCCGCCGUUCGGCUUUUUUGCGCAAAGAGUUUUGGUCUCAACUGCGAUUACUUCCUAGUAGCGCCCCGCUCAGUAUUUUUUAUAACUCCCCCCCCUCUUGUGUGUGUGUGAAGUGUGCGAGUACGUGCGUUUGCAUGUUGUAUGCAAGUAUGAGAUUCGAAGGAGUUGUGUUGGGAGGCGAGGAGGAGGCGGCCACCCAGCUCUCUCUGGCAAAUUGAAGAGGUGAAGAUGCCAAAGAAUGAGGAGGGAGCCAGGGUCCAUUUCUCAAAGACAAAUGCGGUCCUUUGGGGCCCUUUAAGCUUCAAGGGCCCACACUCCCUGCCCUGCGGCCCCAAGUGGCCUUGGACAGUGCCUUCUGCCCCUGUUUCUGACCCCAACGAUGCCCACAUUCUCAGUAGGAGGCACCUGCAUUUAGUCGCAUAAUUGUCACACUUUUUUGAUUGAGAAAGGGAUGCGACUAUUACGUGAGGAAAAAGAAUUUGCUGUUAUUAUUUUUAAAAAUGAACUGCCUUACCUUUGAGAGAAGAGGAAAAGGCAGGAUCCAUCUUCAAAGAAAUAGAAAUGGAGCUGGGUCAUCCAUUUCUGUUUGUUUUUAAACUGCCUUUGUGUUCGUCACAUAAUAGUCGCAGAGCUGUUUGGGGUGAUCUUUCAACCCUACCUCCCCCUUUUUCC